GCGCUCUUCAACUACAACAGUCGAAGCGUCGUAAAUUUACACAGCAUCGACCUUUGACAAAGUUUGAGGAAUCGGCAAUCUUUCAGGUCCUAGAAAGGCAGCAUUGGCUAUAAACCAUUAUCCAAUCAUCCUACCAAGGCAGGAGCAUCAAGAUUUUUGCAACACAGAGUGGGAGAGUAAUCCUCACAAUGCAAGCAAGGUCUGUUGACAGUUCCCUGCUGGCCGCCUUGCAGAACAUCCAGAAAGCCUCCGGAGCUGGGAGCAGUGUAUGUGAUGAAGGGGUCCGGUACAAGUUUGUCCCCACCCAGAGGAACAAACGCAAGCUGAUAGACAUCAACGCUGGCCACACAUACACGGUCAGGAAGGUGUACAAGAACACCACGCUAUGGCAGUGCACCAUGCGCAACAAGAACAUCUACUGCAGGGCCACCCUCCAGCAGUCUGGUAACAAAUUCAAGAAAGGCAACAACGACCACAUCCACCCAGGCCAGCUUGGAGUUGCCGAGUUUACAGCGAGUGGGAAAGUCCGGAAAAGACGAGCCCACAAGAAGAAAUCAACUAGGGAUGAAGCUAUCAGUCAAGCCGUUACAACGAUAUCUGAAUCUUUUGGGCAACAGAGACAAGAAAACAUCCUGGAAAUGCCACAGUUUUCUGGGAUCAGUACAGGGCCCAGUGGUUUGGGGUCCGAAGUCAGUAUCAGCCAGGCAGCAGCUGAGGACUCGGAUGAUUCCUCAGACGAUGAUGAUGAUACAGACCAAGUCCAACGUUUUCGUCCAAUCCAAGUCCAAUCAGAGCAUUUGCAGCCUGAGAUGAGCACAGGAUCCCAACCUGUGCACUUUGAAGGAACAAUCCAAGAUGGAACAAGGGAACACGUUGUUGCGUCAGCUGAUGGCAGCGUGGGGCCUGGUGUAGUGUCAGACGCCGACGUCAUUGAAACUAUUGCCGAGGAAUUCAAAGAACAGAGGGCACCAGAUGCAGAAUACACCAUCGUUGAUGGGUCCUCACAGAGACGGAACGCCAAGUUGACUGACAGUGCUGGAUACACGUACUGCCUCAAGAGCAGGAACAGUUAUACCAGCUACUGGCGGUGCAGCAUCCGCAACAAAAGCGUAAUGUGCCGGGCAUCAGUCGUGCAGACUGGGGAGGAAUUCAGGAGAGGGCAGUUUGACCACAUCCAUCCCAGUAAUCCCAACGGUGCAGUGGCUGCCAAGUUAGUGGCUCAAGUCAAGGCCAAAGCUUCGCUGGAUCCCGACGCACCAAUGAGUAACAUCGUCGGCGAGGCCUUGGUGGAGACGGUGGGUUACUACCAGCCAGGCCUUGGUAUUCCCAAGCCGUCUAACCUCGUACGUGCUGCCAAACGUCUGCGUCAGAGGCUGUCGCGGGGUUCAGAUAGCAUCCAUGACAGCUCCAUCCCGGCUGAUUUCCUGCAAAAGGUCAUCGAACGUGGGGAUAAAUCCCACAUCUUCCUGGCCUCCCCACAGCAGCUUCAGCUUCUGAGUCAGAUGACCCGAUGGUACAUUGACAUCAAUCCCAAAGUCGUCAAAUCGCCUCUCAAAGAGCUCGUGUCGAUCCAUGCCUUUGUGGCAGAUGACAAUGAGCCCAAACUCAGGCCCAUGGCCUUCCUGCUGAUGUCCCGCAAGAAGAGGAAAGACUACAAAGCAGUUUUCAGUGCCCUCAAAGAACGUCUCCCCGGAGAUUUAGCCGUCGCGGAGUGUAUCUUAGACUACGAGCCAACCCUUUGGAGAGCAAUCAAUGACGUCUUUCCGGGCGUUCAGUGUUCUGGGAGUGCCUCCCACUGGUCACAAGCUAUCUGGAAGAAAAUACAAGAGUUUGGGAUCCAAGGCAGCCAGGCUUACGUUCAUGAGCCUACCAGGGCCUACAAGCUCCUGAGAAAGCUGAUGGCUUUGUGUUACCUCCCAGCAGACCUCAUCCCCAGAAUGCUCAACAAGCUCCAAGAGAAGGCCAACACAGGAACAUUACACCAGCUGCUGAACUAUGUAGAAGCCACGUGGAUAGAGGGACCUACCUGUAUGUGGUCGCCAUCUGUCUGGAGCGUCUACGCACAACCCCAGCGGAUAAAUAAUGACGUGGAAGCCUGGAACAAGCAACUGAAUAGCAGAAUCAAGAAAGGCAAGCUGCCUCUCAGUGUUCUGAUCAUGCAUCUGCUCAGUGAGUCCAAGCCAGUCACCGCACAAGCCAAGCCGGCGUCCAAGAGACAUCUGAAGCGAUACCACAGCACCGUUGGCAAGAACCACCAGAUCGUCAAAUUCUGGGAGGAGUUUAAACAAGGGGACAGGAAACUGAAGCAACUGCUGAAUGCGUGCGUUACGUUUUGUCUUCCGGGAAGCAGCCACGUCUGAACCAAGCAUAAUGAUGCCAAGACAGUACCCAAGCUUACAAAAAAAGUACAUGUGCACAAAUCAUCCGCCUUAGUGUUCAUUCAGGAUGAAGAAAAUACUCAAGCAAAAUGGUCUCACUUUUGUUGUUGUUGUUGUUGCGUACAUGUAUUGCACAAUAUGCUACGUUACUGCAUAUACAAAUUAAACUGGGAAAUUGGUUCUAAUAGCAUUCUUAAAGUACAACUUAUUUUUUUCAGUGCAUACAUGUAUAACUUCACUGGAUUUCCAUGUUAAAAAUGUAUGUAGGAUUUGUAGUUUGUACUGCACGUGAUGAUAUGCAGAACAUUCGUCAUCCUGGAUGUACAUAUUAUACAGUACAUAUGUACAUAAUUAAUACAGACAAGUACACAGAAGUAUUUGCUUUAGGUUUUUUUUUUUCCAUUCAAAUCACAGUUUUUUUACUUUUACUAUUUUGACGCAUUUUCUAUACAUCAUCAGCAAUAAAUGCAUUACAGUUUGGGUUUUACAAAACUAAAUUACAUUUGCUGAAAUAUGAUUUCUUAAAUAGGCAUUCCAUCUGCAAGGUCUACACACUCAAUCAAUUCAAACCUCAAUGAAUCUGAUUGUCUUAAUGUUUAGAGCAUUGAAAUUGUACUUUGUUUUUUAGGAGUUUAUGACACACCCCAUAUUUUCAUUAUUUUUCUUUUGACACAUGACACAGUUGUAUGCUUCCCCAAAAGUCAUUUCAAAAAUGUUGUUCUUGCAAAAAUUAUUUUCACAGAACAUUCUUUUCAAGUGUCUGAUGCUGUAAUUAAAAUUCACAAAUUCUGACUUGAUUUAACAUUAAAUAAUUCAUUGCAGUGUACAAUAUGUAAUAAGUCACAUGUUACAUUGUUGGCCGCUUUAUUUCUUGUUAAAUAUUUCAUUAGAACUGCCUGUGGCUCAGAAAUCACUGGUGGCGAUAAACUUGGCAACGUUACUAAAAGUUAUCUGAAAUUUACGAUUAACAUAAGUGAUUUUAAAUUUUUCAUGUUUCUUAUUACAGUAGAGAAUUAUUUGUUCUAAAAAAAUUAAUUUUGAACAGUUGUGAA